AGUCAGGAUCAAUAUUUUUUUAAAUAGUAUAGAAAUAGAAUCGGACCAACUGGAACCCGACCAUCUACAAGGAAUGAGGGAACAAAUGGUGUAGGCAGUACUUGGUAUGUGACUACCGCCGCAUCGUGAAGUUGCCCUGUAGGGGUGCGAGUGUCGGAUCUUCUCUCUAGUCAAGUUCAUCACACCAUCCAUCUAAAAAAGGCUUCCAUCAACUCCUACCCUAUUGACUUCAAUCACUGCCGGAGAAAGCUCCACUCCGACCCCGAAGCCUUUGUGCAUCUCCAGCCAGGCGUGCUUUCUCCUACACGCGAUUUCUCCCAAAGAUUUCGAGACAUGUCAGUACAAUUGACUCCUUCUAAGAGACCACAUGAUCAAAGCAUUACGGAAACAAAUGAAAGAGGGAAUUGGAAAAAAUCAGCUGGUUUAGGAUCAGAGAGAUCUCCAUUGAAGUCAUCUUCUGAAACCAAAUUAAUUCGUAUCCUAUGUCAUAUUUCAAGAAUCAGUUCGAUCGUGGGAGAAGAUGGCAGCACUCUUCCUGAAAUAGGUCAGGCAACUGGUGCGGAUGUCCAUGUUGAGGAUGCUGUCCCUGGAUGCAAUGAGAGAGUGGUUGUUAUUUUAAGUUCGGGGAAUAAAAAUGAAGCUGGAUCAGAGAAGCACAAGAUCAAAAUCAAGGAAACAGAUUCAAAGGAUUAUAAAAGUGAGAUGAAUGUGAAUGAUAGAAUUGGUCAAAACAAACAGUCUGAUCAGGUUGAUGAUUCCAAAUUGAAAAACAAAGUUUCAAGUGUUCAGGAAGCUUUGGUGUUUUUAUUUGAAAGAAUGGCUAGUGAAGAUUUGGACAAGGAUAUGGAAGAUGAAGACAAGAAAGGUUGUUCAUCUUUAACUGUAAGAUUUCUCAUAUUAAGCAGCCAAGUGAACUGCUUGUUGGGGAAAGGUGGUAGUGUAUUAACGCAGCUGUCCUCAGAGAGUGGGGCUGAUAUAAGCAUUCUUCCCAGGGACAAACUGCCUGGUUGUGCUUCUUCUUCUGAUGAACUUGUUCAGGUAUCUGGGUCAUAUAAUGCUCUUAAGAAAGCCAUUGGAUCUGUUAGUCAACAACUACUUGAGAGCAAUCCUGAGGGUGAAGAUACUUUUUCAGCAAAUCCAAAUGGCCCCUCUUCUCAUUCAAUUGGCCACCAUUCAUCUAGCCAUGAUUCACACCCUCGACCAAAUUUUCCUUUUCUUGGACAGAGACCACCUUAUUCUGAUGGAAAUCCUGAUUGUGAUGCCGGAUUUCCUGGGCAAGCAAAUCCUCCUCAGGAUGCCUUAACUUUCCGAUUACUUUGUCCUGAUGAAAGGGUAGGGGGAAUAAUUGGAAAAGGAGGAAGCAUUAUCAAGACAAUCCAACAUGAGACUGGCUGCGAGAUCCAAAUUCUAGAAGGUGUAACUAAAUCAGAAGAUCGUAUUAUUGCCAUAUCUGGUCCGGCGCAUCCACAGGAUAGGGUAUCUCCUCCACAAGAUGCACUGCUUCAUGUGCAGUCCAGAAUCUUUAGGGCUCUACCUGCAAUUAAGGACAACUCAAUGCUGGCAAGACUUCUUGUCUCUUCUAAUCAAAUUGGAUGUCUUCUAGGCAAAGGCGGUUCUAUUAUUGCUGAAAUGAGGAAGUCAACAGGUGCUUACAUUCGGAUUCUUGGGAAGGAACAAACACCGAAAUGUGCUUCUGAGAAUGAAGAAGUAGUUCAGGUAAAUGGAGAAUUUCAAAAAGUUCAAGAAGCCCUUUUUCAGAUAACAUCAAGAUUGCAGGAGCAUUUCUUUCGCAAUGCAUUUCCUCCUAUGAAUCAAUUGUCAGCUGCUCACUUUCUGGAUCAUAUGCCUCCUUUCCCUUCACACAACGGAAGGGGGGAACUUUCUCCACCAGGAAUGUAUCCAAGUAUGGGCCCACCAUCGUUUCACCGUUUUGAUGCGAUUGGAGGCUUGCCUCCACGUGGUGACUUCCAUCCUCAUGACGACCGUCCUCCCUUUAUCUCUAACUUUCACAGGCCAGGUUUCCGCCCUCCCAUUUCAGAAAGGAUGCUAUCAUCUGGACCUUGGGUUCCACAGGGACCGAUUGAUGGUGGUGGUCCAACAGGCAUGCCUGACUAUACAGCAGGGCUGCAGAGAAGAAUUGGUGGAUUUGCCGGGGGAAGUCCAGCUAUAAUCACUAAUACCAAGGUGGAAGUGGUUGUUCCUCGUUCAGCUGUUCCAGAAAUAUAUGGGGAUGAUGGGGGGUGUCUCAGACAAAUAUGUGAGAUAUCUGAUGCAAAAGUUACCAUUAAUGAUCCCAAGCCGGGAGCAACAGAGACUAUGAUUAUUAUAUCUGGAACCCCUGAGCAAACAAACGCUGCACAGUCUCUUAUUCAAGCAUUUGUGAUGCUUGAUUCUCAAGCAUGAUAAAUUCUUGUGUGCAUCAAGUUCUAGCAGAGCUGAAUAACAAGAAAUUUGCUGGCUUAAAACCUGAAAGGUGGAAAUGAGGAUGCUUUUGAAUAGUAAUAUUUAGUCGAAUAUGAUGAAUUGCCAGGAAGGGGAUGGAUGGAGGGUGUAGAAUCAGGCUGUAGUUUGUCCCACAACUCUUCACUAAACAUCUAACAUAUUAUCGUUCUCUAGAUUUUUCUAUGGAGCCCAAGAUUAGUGACCAUUUUGUUUGAGGAAUUUGUACCCCAAAACUGUAUUUUGAUGAUGAUCGUAUGACACCCUUUCCCCCCCCCUCUGCGUUUGUGUAUGAGCAAUAUUGGUAGGGAUACAAUUACUCAUAGUAGGCUCUUAUCAAUACCAUUUGACGCUUACAUGAUAAAUUUAGCACUGUCGA